AUUUGACAGAGUGGCAAACAGAAUUUAAAUUUAAAAAUUUUGGUUUUAUUUAUCUUUUAUGGCUAUUUUUUGUGUUUCAUAGUUAAAUCUCUUUAUUGUUCAAGACAGUUUGUUUGGUCAAUACAAGCUGUAAAAUCGAUACAAAACAUAUGCGAGUAUAGGACUGCUUUCCUAAUAAGUGAAUAUUAUUAUACUAAAUUGUAAAAUUAUGGAAGAAAAUAAGACGGAGAAUAUUUCAAAGGAAAUAAUUUGUAUUAAAUCUACUUCAAAUAAACCCAGAGGAGAUGGAGAUUUAUCGCAGAUCAGUAUAAGCGAAUUUUUGAGCUAUUUAAAAACGGCAUAUCAGGUGCAAGAUUCUGUUGAGGAUCUUUUGAUGGAAGGCGGAAUGAAUGAGGCUGUAGAAUGGUUAAAAUCCAAAGAAGCAGAAUUUUCUAGAAAAGGCAAGAGCCUCGCAGUGCAAACAUCAAAUUCGUUGUUACAAAGAGGGAAUGGAGACGAGAAAAAAGAGGCCGUGCAACAGUCAAAGCGCAAAAAUUCUACAAUAAACGUUAUGCACGAUUCGGAUAUCUUGAAGAAGAAACUAAGUGAGGUUCUUUCCGAAGGGUUGUUGGACUCUGUCCUUCCGUACUUGAUGCAGGGUAAUCAUCCUGUGAAAAAAUGUAUGUCUUGCAAUAGCUCAGUAAAAAAUGCAGAAAAAACUACCUCCCACUCAGCCGUGUUAACUGUCUCAAAUUCUAUAUCUAAUGAUAGGCUCAUACGUCGCAAAUCAAGUGGAGAUACUUCAUCCUCCUCCAAUAAAGUUACUAUAACUAAAACUGAGUCUGAAGUUGAAAUUCACGUAUGUGACGAAGUAAAAAAUAUGAAGAAAACAUUUGUAUGUAACCAGAAACUUCUUGUAGAUAAGAUGGGGUAUUUUGCUGAAGUGACUUUGGGUCAAAGGCUUGAGGAUAUGGACAUCUCGGUCCAUUGCGACAUUGGCAUUUUUGAAUGGUUGAUGCAAUGGGUGAAAAAAGAUUCGUUGCUGGAGGCUGAUUGGCCUCAGUUAGACUCGCAAUGUGUUAUUCCAAUUUUAGUAUCAGCAGCCUUUUUACAAAUGGAGCCUUUAUUGCAGGAUUGUCUAUUGUUCUGUCACGAGCAUAUGAAUGAGAUUCUCAGAAACAAUACAAACUUAAGCUGUUUAAAUGACUCUGUCUUAACAAGAUUGGCUGCAAUGUAUACAAAUACUGAAGUAGAGUCAAUAAAAGAUCGAAAAGAUAAAAUCCAGUCGAGAUUGUUUGCAAAGCUUAUUCAAUCUCUUGCAGAACCAGAACCUGAGAGUGUGCGUGGCCAUUGGUGUUCAUUAGCUAGGAUUUUCAGAUGUGAAAAAUGUCAGCAAUUAAUAACACCAAACGUUGCCGCAAAAAUCCCUUGCAUUCCCGCGUGUAUGAGACUUCAACAUGAUGGAUCAAUUAUAAGUUUACAUACAAGGGAUUCUAACUGGAAUAUUAAUGAUUACAUCAUUGAACUGCAGAGAAACUUGAAAACUUGGCGAAAGGUUUAUUGGAGACUCUGGGGCAAAUCACACUUUUUAUACUGUGUAACAUGCAAAAGGUAUUUCCCCACAAAUCAAAUUGGCUGGUGUAGAUAUCACCCUGAUACUCCCCAAUUUUUUACUCUGGAUGCUCAAAAAGCCCCAUUGCCAAUAGGCAGAUAUCCGUGCUGUGGGGAACGGGCCUACAGAUUCCAGCUUUUAGAAAACUACUCGGCCUGUCAAUUUCGACAGCACACCAUCAGCUUGGAUGAUGUUAGACAGUCUGCUAUAUUCAGCAUGUUGGAAAGCUACCGACAUUUAAUUGAAGAAGAAUCCCCACAACUGCUAUUUCCUGAAAGACUUACCCGAUUGGUGGCAAGAGGUCUUCGAACUACUUUCGGCCCCAACGCAAUGCAAAACGCCCUGGACCCAAGCGGAAUGCAAGGGGGCAUGCCUAGCCAGAUGGGCGCCCAAAUACCCCAGCUUGGAAAUCCUAUGAUGUCCCAAUUAAACAACUCUAUGGCUGGUGCAAUCAGUCCAAUAAAUUCACAAAUUGGAGGACCAAUUCAGACCACCCUUACCUCCGCGGGUAUGCAAAGCCCUAUGCCUAAUCAAAUGGGAGGACAGAUAGCACAAUUAGGUAAUCCAAUGUUGAAUCAAAUGGCAAAUGCUAACCCAUUAGGUGGAGCGAUGAGCCCAAUUAAUACACCAAUGAAUGAAUUCAACCCAAAUCUAACACAUCAGAUGCAUCCUGGCUCUCAGACGCCCGGAGUGACACCCACCCCACCUCAGAGUCAUACACCUCAGCAACAGCAACAAUCCAAAGAAUUUAAUACAGCAUCAUUAUGUAGAUUAGGGCAAGAAACUGUACAAGACAUUGUGAGUAGGACUCAAGAAGUUUUCCAAACAUUAAAAGCUAUUCAACCCCCUGCUGGUACAGCUCAGUCAGCAAAUGCAAGUAAUGAUAAGAAGCAAAAAGUGCAAGAGCUAUUAAGGACUAUUAGGGUGCUCUUUAAAAGGCUUCGCCUAAUAUUUGAAAAAUGUAAUGAGCAUUGUCAAAUUCAAGGGAUGGAAUAUACACAUAUUGAGAGCCUUAUUCCAUUCAAAGAUGAGCUAGAUCCAAAACAUGAAGAGAAGAAAAAUUCAGAGGCUUAUAGAUUGGCGUGCGAGGAGAGUAAGGAAGUUAUGGAGCAGGUUGUACUAAAAAAUAAACAGCUUAAAGAAAUUAUUGAUCAUUUAAGAAGGAUUGUUUGGGAGAUAAACACUAUGUUAACCAUGAGAAAAUCUUGAUUAAUACUAUUACUGUUAGUUCUAAGCAUUUUAUAUUUAGCAUAUUUAUAAAUUUCUCUGUUUGUCUUUAUAUAUAAUUGUUUUUGAA